AGUGGAGACAGAUAGGUACAGGUAAGUGUUUUGUAUGUUCACAACAGCUUAAACUUAAUAUUAAAUCUGCUCGGACUUCUCCACUUUAACUUGUGUCUCUCAUAGAUAGUGCGGCUAAAUCAACCCCGACCGCCACACGACCUGUGAUCGUCUGUAAGCAACACAUCAUUAAUCUCAAUAAAAGUAUUUUUUUUUUCUCUGAAAUACUUUUCAGACUCAUCUGUUAACAUGUCGUGUUCAGUUUUUUAUCUAUACAAUCCUACAAUGACCCUUCAAUUUAUACACUUGUUGCUAGCUUCCUCAACCCUCAGCUACCUGACAUGGGGGAGAGUGGGGUGAGUUGAGCAACCCCCUGUUGCUUGGAAAUGGUAAAAGAAAUUAAUCAUGUGACAUGAAAAAUGGCUCGUCUUACCCCACUCUCCUCUACUGCAAAGGAGACUGAAGAGACCUCCGUUAAACGCUCCCUCCAAAAAUUCUUUAAGAGAGAAAAAAACUUCAAUCCUGCUUUUUGCCACUUAAAUGUGAGAGUGAUUUAUAUCAAGUAGCUCCUAUUAUAAGGCCAGUAUUAGGCUGCCAAAUACCUAUCAGUUUUGGUGUAUGUAUUUUCCAUUGUUAACAACAUUCACUGCAAAGUCUGCAGUGUGGCAUCAAAGAUUACAUUAAAAUAAUAAGUACUCAUUUAUCCCCAAAGGGAAAUUCAGACAGCAACAGUAUUGACUGACAAUGUGUAUUAUCAAAUAAAGAAAGCACUCUUCCAACUAUUUAUUUAUUUAUCAAUGCAGAGGUGGUGCAAAAGGCAAAAAAAAAUCAUUUAUUAAAGCUGUUAUUGACUUCAGUUAACCAUGUCAGUGUUCUAUGAGUUUUGGCUUUUAAUUUAUGUACUUUUCAAAUGUCUCUGUACAUGCCAAAGAGUGACAGUAGCAAAAUUAAAUACAUUUUAAAAGAGAGAGAGAGAGAGAAAAGAUUGUGCCCAAAACUGUGACUUUUUUACUUUUCAUUUUCCUUGGGAAUUUCAGAAAGCCUUGUGUCGAGUUUAUCUGAGGUGAUGUAAAACCGGAUAACUGUGGGGUAGCAGUCUUUCUAGAAAAGUAGCAAAGAAAAAUAAUCUUUAUUUUUAUCAGUGAGACACCCAUCAAGCUGCCAAACUAGCUGUUCCACCUGUCACUAACACUUUUGUCCACACCUAUUAGGUUUCUGAAAAAGUAUUAUCUGCAUACCACACAUUGUUGUGACGGGGUCAGACUCUUUGUACCUGCUGCAGGCUGCUAUAAAUGCCCGUUUCUCUUGCAGAGACACUCAUCGUUGAACUCUCAACUCAUCUCCAUCCUCCAUCCUCCAGCUCAACCUCUUAUCAUAGCUAUGUCUUUCAGCCACCGAAGCUACAGCUCCCGCAGCAUCUCCAGCUCCAGCCUGAGCGGAGGGAUGCCGCUGGUGGGAUCCGGUCAGGCUCGCAUUUCCUCCGGCUUUUUCCAGAGCCGCACGCCCAGCGUGUACGGGGGUGCUGGGGGCAUGGGGACCCGCAUCUCUCAGUCGAUCUUCUCCUCCGGGACUGCGGACUCGUUUGGGGAGAGUUCAGUGAUCACCAAUGAGAAGCUGACCAUGCAGAACCUCAAUGACCGUCUGGCUUCCUACCUGGACAAGGUAUGCCAUGAUGAUGAUGAUGAUGAUGAUGAUGAUGAUAAAGGUGUUAAGGAGGAUUAUCACAAACCAAACAUUAUUACUGCAUGACAGUUGAUCCAAACUGGACUUAGGGGAAAAUACAUUUGAGGUAUCUCCUCCUAAAACAGCUGAUGAAUUCAUGUCAAAUAUAGACCUAUGAUCAGACCUGAAACCCAGAUUCAUGAGUAACACCCACAAACUGUAAACUAUAGGGGACAGGUUUACAAUUCUUAAUGUAUGAGGUACAACAAGAGGUGAACAAGACCACUGAUGCAUGUUUUGCUGAGCUCACUGAUUCCUCUUAAUCGUGAGAUCACUCUUUUUGCUUGUACACAUUUUCAAAGUCAAAGAUCUCUGCACAUGAAAACAGGUCAGUCAGUAAUGCACUUGAAGUUUACACACAUUUUAUUAAGUAGUAUGCUAUUGCAUAAUCUAGUACACUAUAGUUUGGCAAAGUUAAGUAUCAUAAAGUUAAUGUAGUAUAGUUACUCGUGUUUACUGUACUGUAGUUUGGUUUGGUGUGGUGUGAAAGUGUAUAAAGUAUAGUACAGUUUAAUGUCAUUUAGUAAAGGUAAGUGAAGUAUUUUAUCGUAUAGUAUUGUUUAGUUUUCUAUAGAAAGUACAGUAAAAUACAGUAUGGCAGUGUAAAAUACAGUAGGAUAUAGGUUAAUAAAGAGAAGUUUUGUAUAGACAAGUAUAGCAUAGUGAGGAUAAGUCAAGUAUUGUGUUGGUUAAUAGUAAAGUUCAGUGAAAUAUAGUUUAGUAAAGGUUAACAUAGUGUUAUUUUGUUUCUUAUUGUAUAGUUAAGUAAAGUAUUGGUUAGUUAUAAAUGUUUAGUCAUGUAUAUUAGUAAAGUAAAGAUACAAUAGAGUAUAGUUGUGCUUUAUAGUAUAGUAUAAUAUAGUAUAGUACAGUAUAGUAUAUAAUAGUAUGGUAUGAUAUGGUAUGGUAUGGUAUAGUAUGGGAUGGGAUAGUAUGGGAUACUAUAGUAUAGUAUAGUAUGGUAUGGUAUAUUGUAGUAUAGUAUUGUAUAGUAUGGGAUGUAUAGUAUAGUAUAGUAUAGUAUCGGAUAGUAUGGGAUAGUAUAGGAUAGUAUAGUAUGGGAUAGUAUAUUAUAGUAUCGUUUAAUAUAGUAUAGUAUCGGAAAGGAUAGGAUAGGAUGGUGUAGCACAGGUGUACUAGAUUAUACUGUAGUUUUGUAUUGUAUAAUAAAUGUAGUAUUGCAAAGUCGAGUAUAUUUAUGUUAAGUACAGUUAAGUAUAGGACAAUAUUGUAUAGCUAUAUUUACUACAGUAUAGGUCAAUUAAGUCUAGAUCAGUCUAGUGUGACAUAGCAUAGUAAAGUAUAGUAUUGUGAGGAUUGAUAUUGCACAGUAGAGUUUUGUGUGAUUUGGUUUAGUACAGGAAAGAAUAGUAGAGGAUGGCAUAACAUACUAGUCUCAUGAAACACUAGUAUUUUGUAGUUUAGUAUUGUACAGUUGAAGUUCGUAUAAUAUAGCAAAGUGUAGUCUGGAAUAGUCUAGUGGAGAGCCAGAAAUGAGAGUCAUUUAUAUGAAUAUGUUUCCUGUCUGAUGUCGCCCUCUCCCGUGUGCAGGUGCGCUCCUUGGAGGCAGCUAACAGGAAGCUGGAGCUGCAGAUCAGAGAGUACUAUGAGAAGAGAUCACCGACAGUUUCCAGAGACUUCACCGCCUUCUUUGCUACUAUCAGUGAUCUCCGAGCUCAGGUACACAGGCUCACGUUUUACUGUUACAUUUUUUUUCUGCUGCUCACAAAACUGACUCAUAAGUAAACUGACUGUUUAUCUGUUUAUACCCUUUAUAGAUCAUGAUGAAAUAUGCAGACAAUCAGAAAAUCCUCCUGCAGAUUGACAACGCAAGACUGGCAGCUGAUGACUUUAAAAUGAAGUGUGUUUACAUCCCUCUUUCCCAACACAGAAAUUACAAAUACAUUCUCAACUUUUUCAUUUUGUUUGGAAAGAUUUGAGUUUAUUUGACUUGAAGAUCAUUUACAGUCACAAAAACAACAGAAAGAAGAAGACAGAGGCAAAUUUUUAUGACUUAAAUCACAAAAUCUCCAUCUGUCUCUUGAAGGUUUGAGACAGAGCUGAACAUGCACAACAUGGUAGAGGCAGAUGUGGCCCGUCUCAGGGGGGUCCGGGACAGCCUGACCCUGUCUAUCGCUGACUUGGAGGUGCAGAUUGAAGGUCUCAAAGAGGAGCUGGCCUAUAUGAAGACUAACCAUGAAGAGGUGAGAGCCAAUCAGAGCCACAGAAAGUUCUCUGUGUGGGGUUUAAACAUACUAAAUAGUGUUACAGCAGGGAAGCUGGUUUCUGUGACAACAUGAGGCGCCCUCUGCUGGUAUUGGCUGGUACGGCAAACAGCUAUUGUGCAAAGAACUCAUUUACAAAAGCAUUUCUCAUGUCCAAAUUGCAGGAGAUGUGCCAGCUGAGGAUCCAGCAGACAGGUACCGUGAAUGUGGAGGUAGACAGUGCAGCUUCUGUUGAUCUAAACAAGGUUCUGGAGGAGAUGAGAGAGCAGUAUGAAGCCGCGGCAAUAAAGAACAAGCAGGAGCUCGAGAAAUGGUUCCAAGCAAAGGUGAGGCAUGAGAAAACAAAUCAUUUAAAGCAGUAUUUUCAGAAAGUAACGAUUUGUUUUAGCUGUGAGUGUGGAUUUAUUUUGUUUUUGUUUUUGUGUGUAAAAAGAUGGAAACUCUCCAGAAUGAAAUCUCCGUAUGCUCCAAAGAGGUGAAGACGUACAGCUCAGAGCUGUCCGAGCUGAAGAGGACCUACCAGAGUUUGGAGAUCACUCGUCAGGGCAUCAUCACAGAGGUACAUCACAGAUAAUGUAAUACUUUGUGAUAUCAUACAAAAUAUACAACUCUUAGUUGAGAACCACUGAGCUAGAGUGUGUUAUUUGAAAGAGGAUUAGGGCCACAAGGAAGAGAAAAAAUGAUUACAGGAGGAAGAUUUUUUUACAUUUUCAUUUCGAGAUUAAAGUCAAAAUAUAAAUAAAUCGUAAUGAGAAAAAAUAAAAAUUUUAAAUUCUCGAAAUUUCAACAAUUUUCAUGACAUCUCAACAUUUUAUAAUCUCAAAAUGUCGACUUCAAUCUUGAAAUUCCAAUUUUUGAUCUUGAAAUUUUAACUUUAUUGACAUAAUUUAGAUUUUUAAUCUGAAAUUCCGACUUUAAUCUUGAAAUUCCGACUUUAAUCUCCUUCCUGUAAUUAUUUUUUUUCUGGUCAUGUGGCCCUAAUCCUCUUUCGAGUUAUCGCUCAUAACAAAGUAAGCAGUGUUGUGAAUUAAGUGUAUAGAGUUUCCCAUCAGGUAGGAGGUGCACCUGUUUUCUGUUAUCACUCACAGCUGUCCAUCUGCGUUGUAGAUCCAAUGCCGGCAGCAGAACCUGGAGGAGUAUAAAAGUCGGUACAGCAUUCAGCUCAGCCAGCUGCAGGCGAGCAUCAACAUGCUGGAGACGGAGCUGCAGCAGCUCAGAGUCUCCCUGGAGCAUCAGCAGGGCGAGUACAACCUGCUGCUGGACAUCAAGAUGAGGCUGGAGCUAGAGAUCGCAGAGUACAGGAGGCUGCUGGAGGGAGAGCUGCAUGAGAAGAAGCAAUAUGAAGAAAAGAAGUGAGAGAUUUAAUAUUUUACACCCUCUAUAACUUUCUGUCUCAACCCAGAAGAAUAACAGAUAAAUGAUUGACAAAUUUUCCUCUCAUAGGGUGUUGGUCAUCACAAAAGUUGAGGAGAAAGUUGAAGGUAGGAGUCCUGAUCAUUCGCUGAAUUAUAUCUCUUAUACUUCAGACACAUCCUUCAUCUUUGUUUGUUGUCUUCUCUGCAGAGCAUAAACCCCACAUAGAGAGAAGGGUGAAGACCAUCGUGGAGGAGAUCAUUGAUGGAAGGGUGGUAUCAUCCAGUGUUGACACCGAAGUUACGGAUAUUCAGUAACACUCCUGCUGCUACUGAACACACACCCUCGUCUCCUUUAAUCCUGCCUGAUGAAUAGAUUUCUGUAGUCAGCUGUUUCAAAUUCUGAACAAACUAAAACAUGUUUAAAAAACUGUUUUCUGGGACUUUCCAUCUUUUUCUUUUCAUUCUAACAAUAAAGUGAAUCCUACAGGAGAUUAUAUUUUGUUGAUGGAUGCUCUUUUGAGUCAAAAUGAGUCCAUUAUAUGAUUGAAAGCCAUGAGCAAAGAUAAAGAGAAUUGUGAUACAUACAACAAAGUUGGCAAUGAGUUCAGAAAUGAGUUUAUUACUUAUAUUUGAACAAUUUCGAGUUUAUUUACAAUAUUUGUGCAAAGAUUUGGAAUAAUUGCAAAUAAGACUGUCACAGCAGGUGUUAAAUAAAG